AGCAGGCUGGUCAUCAGCUGCUGCCAGCUGCUUCCCUGCUUGCAAAUUUCUGAAUCUGAAACUUGAAAGGUCGCCUGAGGCUGAAGGCUGAAGAAGCGAGGAGCAGCUCAAACCUUUGUACGUAGUUUUGUUGGUUUCAGUACCCAUCGUAAGGUAAAGAAAGAACAGCUCUCAGGCGCGGCGCUUUUGCCGGUUGCUUCAUUUGAGUUCCCCUUUUGUGUCUCGCUGUUGCGUAUGGACUCUAGCACCUUGUUGCGAAUCGCUGGCCAACGGAUUCCACGGCUGGGGCGCACUCUAUUGGCCAGCACUAAAGGGGCAACCAACAGGGGUUUUCUGGCAGUUGGUGCAACCGCAACCAGCCAAUUGCAGGGAGAGUGGUGGAGCCGGUCCAUUGUCAGGAACACUCUAAAGUUCAGGGCUGCAAGGCAGCCUAACUUUUUGAGGCAGCCUGACUUUCUGUCGGUUCAGCAACAUUAUUCACACACUCUGCCCCGGCACCAGAUGGCCGCCCCCGCAGGCCAGGAUGCAGUGCAAUGGAAGCUUAUGAACGAGGAUGAGUGUAUUCUGGUGAAUGAAAGUGAUGAGGUGUUAGGGCAUGACUCCAAGCUCAAUUGCCACCUGUGGGAGAAGAUCCAGACUGGAAAGGUGCUCCACCGCGCCUUCAGCGUCUUCCUCUUCAACACCAAAAACGAGCUUUUGUUGCAGCAGCGCUCUGCCACCAAGGUGACGUUCCCUCUCGUUUGGACCAACACGUGUUGCAGUCAUCCGUUGUUCCGCGAGUCGGAGCUCGUUGAGGCAGACAACCUGGGCGUCCGAAACGCUGCACAGCGAAAGCUGAAAGACGAGGUCGGCAUUGAAGCGGGCGAUGCCCCCGUUGACGGGUUUACAGUCCUGGGAAGGAUACUUUACAAAGCGCCUUCGAACGAUCAGUGGGGAGAGCACGAAGUGGAUUACGUCCUCUUUGCGAAACGGGACGUGAAGGUAGAACCAAAUCCGGAAGAGGUUGCUGCCGUGCAGUACGUCACCCAGGAUCAGCUACGGGAGCUCGUGGCCAAGGCCGACAGUAAAGAAGGGGGCAUCGUUCUUUCACCCUGGUUCCGACUGAUAGUAGAUAAGUUCUUGUACAAGUGGUGGGACCUGCUAGAAGCGGAUAAAUUGUCGGAAGCAAUCGAUCUGCAAACAAUUCACAAACUCUCAUAAUGGUCAUCAAGUCCCUUUUUGGGAUGUGCGCCCGCAACGUGGUCUCCUUCUUUGGUCACUCACUGCGUGCGCAUUUCUA